UCUGUUGGUUCAUGAGGAGACAGAGUGAAAUCCAGAGCACACAUGACAGAAUUAAUUUGUUCAGCAGUUAGGAAAACACAAACACCAUAAUGAAUGCUGAAGAAGACACUGAUUAUCACAACGCUUGCAAUGGAGAGAAAAGUGUUCAGCGGGAAAGAUCACAUUCACCUGUCAGUGUUUUAUCCAUGAAGAGUGACAAAUCAAUGAAAAUACCAAUUCAGUUAAAAAAUGGAGAUUCUCUGUUUAAGCAAAGGUUGUUGUUUUUCAGGUCUCUGGAGAGAUCAGAUUCAGCUGUCCCCAGUGUUUUGUCCAUGAAGAGUGACAAAUCAAUGAAAAUACCAAUUCAGUUAAAAAAUGGAGAUUCUCUGUUUGAUCAGAGUUCUUUGGAGAGAUCACAUUCAUCUGAUCCCAGUAUUUGGUCCCUGAAAAGUGACAAAUCAAUGAAAAUACCAAUUCAGUUAAAGGAUGGAGAUCUAAUAAAUGAUGGAAGUUCUGAGAAAGUGUCACAUUCAUCUAAACCCAGUGUUUUGUCCCUGAAAAGUGACAAAUCAAUGAAAAUACCAAUUCAGUUAAAAAAUGGAUAUUCUCUGUUUGACCAAAGUUCAUUCUUCAGUUCCCUAGAGAUAUCAAAUUCACCGUAUCACAGUGCAACACAAAAGACAAAUUACUGGAGAGAUGAAACAAAUCUACCCCAUCAGAGACAUGAUGCUCCUCAUCCUGAGAUCCACCAAAAAUUUAAAUCUGACAUGAAAAUGAAGCAUCGCUACAUUUUUGAAGGCCUGGCAAAGCAGGGAAACCCAACACUCCUGAAUGAGAUCUACACCGAUCUCUACAUCACAGAGGGUGGGAAUGCAGAGAUCAGUAAUGAACAUGAAAUUAAAAGGAUUGAAAAAAUAUUAAAGACUGCAGCAGAAAUAACAGUACCAAUCAAAUGCAACAACAUCUUUAGGCCUUUACCUGAACAAGACAAACCCAUCAGAACUGUGCUGACAAAGGGAGUCGCUGGCAUUGGAAAAACAGUCUCUGUGCAGAAGUUCAUCCUGGACUGGGCUGAAGGGAAAGAGAAUCAGGAUGUCCAGCUCAUAUUUCCACUUCCUUUCAGAGAGCUCAACUUGAUGAAGGACAAAAGAUUCAGUUUAGUUGGUCUUCUUCAAACCUUCUUUAUGAGAGAGACAAGUUUACAUCUGAUUCAAAACUCCUCUGUCGUUUUCAUCUUUGAUGGUCUGGAUGAGUGCCGUCUUCCCUUAAACUUUCACAGCAAUGAGACUCUACGGGAUGCGACUAAAGAGACAUCAGUGGACGUGUUGCUGACGAACCUCAUUGUGGGGAAUCUGCUUCCCUCUGCUCUCAUCUGGAUCACCUCCAGACCAGCAGCAGCUGAUCUCGUCCCCUCUGAGUGUGUCCAUCGAGUGACAGAGGUACGAGGCUUCAAUGAGCCACAGAAGGAGGAAUACUUCAGGAAGAGAAUCAGUGAUCAGAGUCUGGCCAAUACAAUCAUCUCACACCUGAAGUCAUCAAGGAGCCUCUACAUCAUGUGCCACAUCCCAGUGUUCUGCUGGAUCUCAGCCACUGUUCUAGAGAAGAUGUUGAGUGAAGCAGAGAGUGGAGAGAUUCCCAAGACUCUCACUCAAAUGUACACACACUUCCUGAUGGCACAGAUUAGCAUCAAAGAUACAAAGUAUACUGAGGAGGAGGACAAAGAUAAAGAGAUGAUUUUCAAACUGGGAAAACUGGCAUACGAGCAACUGGAAAGAGGCAAUGUGAUCUUCUAUGAGGAAGACCUGAGAGAGUGUGGCAUUGAUGUGACAGAAGCAUCAGUGUACUCAGGAUUGUGCACUCAGAUCUUCAGAGAGGAGUUUGGCUGGUAUCAGGGGAAAGUCUUCUGCUUUGUUCAUCUGAGCAUUCAGGAACAUCUAGCAGCUCUAUAUGUGCAUCUCUCCUUCCACAACACCGGCAAAAAUGUGCUUGUAGAAGGCGAAGCAAAGGAAUCAACAAUUAAUGUGACAGUGCCAAUUAUACUCAAAUGUGCAGUUGAUAAAUCUUUAGAAAGUAAGAAUGGACAUCUCGAUCUCUUUCUUCGCUUUCUCAUGGGACUUUCAAUGGAGUCAAAUCGGGGCCUCCUAGAAAGGCAUUUUAAGAAAAGAACAAUCAUCCCCCAGGACAUUACUGAGAUUACUGAGUAUCUCAAGGAAAAGAUAAAAACCUGUUGUCCAGAAACGGGUAUCCUUAUGUUCCACUGUCUAAAUGAACUCAAUGAUCAUUCUCUAAUUAAUGAAAUCCAAAAGUACAUAACCUCAGGAAAAGUUAAAGACAUCCAGUCCCAAGAACUUGGUUUUGCUCUAUUGUUCAUUUUAAUGACAUCAGAUGAGAAGUUUGAUGAGUUUGAACUACGUCAAUAUGGUAGAUCAGACGUAUUCUUUAACUGGCUGGAACCUGUGAUCAGGCUGUCUACAAAGGCCCGGUUGCAUGACUGUAAUAUCACAGAAAGUGCCUGCGUAAUGCUGACUAAAAUUCUUUCAUCACAAUCCAAUGUGAGAGAGCUGGAUCUGAGCCACAACAACCUGCAGGAUUCAGGAGUAGAAAUACUCAGUGUUGGAUUAAAGAAAUCAUGCUACGCCCCAGCAAUAAUGAUGGAAUGGUUCAACAGUAGGCCAAAUGUUCCAAACCAAAAGCUUUUGUAUGAAGCUUUUAUAUCUGUCACUGCUGGACUACAGGACACAGAGUGCAGACUGGAAUCUUUGAAUCUAAAGAACUGUAAAGUAACAGAAGCAGGCUGUGUUUUCCUGAGCUCAGCUUUAAGUUUAAACCCUUCUCAUCUGAGAGUGCUGGACCUGAGCUGGAACAACAUAGGAGACUCUGGAGUGAAACAUCUCUGUGCUUCUCUGGAGAAAGUUCAGUGUGCACUGGAAAUACUGAAGUUGGACAAAUGUGGAAUGACUGAGAAAAGUUGCAGUUCUCUGGCUUCAGCUCUCAGCUCAAAGACCUCCAGUCUGACAGAUCUGGAUCUGAGUAUUAAUGAUCUACAAGACUCAGGUGUGACGAAGCUCUGUGUCGCACUGCAGAAUCCUCACUGCAAACUAGAGAAGCUGAGGCUGUCCAACUGUAAUGUUACACAUGAAGGUGUGGCGGCACUGACCGAAGCUCUGAAAUCAAAUCCAUCCCACCUGAAAGAGCUUGAUCUGCUUGAGAAUGAUCUGGAAGAGUCAGACUUGAAUGUGCUCUCCAUGAUCCUGGACAAGUCAUCACCAGCAGCAGCUGAUCACGUCCCCUCUGAGUGUGUCCAUCGAGUGACAGAGGUACGAGGCUUCAAUGAGCCACAGAAGGAGGAAUACUUCAGGAAGAGAAUCAGUGAUCAGAGUCUGGCCAAUACAAUCAUCACACACCUGAAGUCAUCAAGGAGCCUCUACAUCAUGUGCCACAUCCCAGAAGACCUGAGAGAGUGUGGCAUUGAUGUGACAGAAGCAUCAGUGUACUCAGGACUGUGCACUCAGAUCUUCAGAGAGGAGUUUGGCUGGUAUCAGGGGAAAGUCUUCUGCUUUGUUCAUCUGAGCAUUCAGGAACAUCUAGCAGCUCUAUAUGUGCAUCUCUCCUUCACAACUCCGGCAAAAAUUCUGAAGAACUGUGGAGUAACAGAACCAGGCUGUGUUUUCCUGAGCUCAGCUUUAAGUUUAAAUCCUUCUCAUCUGAGAGUGCUGGACCUGAGCUGGAAUGACAUAGGAGAUUCAGGAGUGAAACAUCUCUGUGCUUCUCUGGAGAAAGUUCAGUGUGCACUGGAAAUACUGAAAAGUUGUGCAGCAUUGGCUUCAGUACUACAAACAGAUUCAAACCUGAAAGAACUCUCUCUGAGCAAGAAUGAGCUCCAGGACUCUGGUGUGAUGUUGUUCUCUGUUGGACUGCAUCAUCCUCACUGUAAAUUGGAGAUCCUGAGGCUUUCAUGUUGCAAAUUUAAAACAGAAGGCUGUGGAUCGCUUACUUCAGCUCUGAGAUCAAAUGCUCAUCUGAGAGAACUAGACCUGGGCAACAACAGACCUGGAGAUCAGGGAGUGGAGCUGCUGUCUGCAGCUCUUCGUGAUCCAAACAGCAGACUGAAAACACUGAGGUUGGACAAAUGUGGAAUGACAGAGAAAAGUUGUACUUCUCUAGCUUCAGCUUUUAGCUCAAAGACCUCCAGUCUGACAGAUCUGGAUCUGAGUAUUAAUGAUCUACAAGACUCGGGUGUGAAGAAGCUCUGUGUUGGACUGCAGAAUCCUGACUGUAAACUAGAGAAGCUGAGGCUGUCCAACUGUAAUGUUACACAUGAAGGUAUGGUGGCACUGACCGAAGCUCUGAAAUCAAAUCCAUCCCACCUGAAAGAGCUUGAUCUGCUUGAGAAUGAUCUGGAAGACAUGUCUCUAAUAAAUGCUAAAGAUGGCACUGAUUCCUGCACAUCUUUCAGUGGAUUGAAUAGUUUGAUGGAGAGAUCAGACUCUUCUGGCCCUAGUGUUUUGUCCAUGAAGAGUGACCGAUCCAUGCAAAUACCAAUUCAACUGAAAAAUGGAUCAGCUCCAAUGGAAAAAAGUUUGAUAGAGAGAUCAGACACUUCUGGCCCUAGUGUUUUGUCCAUGAAGAGUGACCGAUCCAUGCAAAUACCAAUUCAACUGAAAAAUGGAUCAGCUCCAAUGGAAAAAAAUUUGAUGGAGAGAUCAGACACUUCUGGCCCUAGUGUUUUGUCCAUGAAGAGUGACCGAUCAAUGCAAAUACCAAUUCAACUGAAAAUUGGAUCAGCUCCAAUGGAAACAAGGGACUUACACAGAAAAUCAAGUCAAGACACUGAGAAGAAUGACAGCCUUCCUGGAAGAUGCAUGGGAAAUCAACAUGAUUCAGAAACACAUCAAAUCAAGAUUCAAAGGUUAAAAUCACACAUAAAAAAGAAGCAUUGGUACAUUUUUGAAGGAUUUGCAAAGCAGGAAAACCCAACACUCCUGAAUGAGAUCUACACAGAGCUCUACAUCACAGAGGGUGGGAAUGGAGAGAUCAGUAAUGAACAUGAAAUUAAAAGGAUUGAAAAAUCAUUGAAGGCAGCAGAAGGAGCAACAAUACCAAUCAAAUGCAACAACAUCUUUAGACCUUUACCUGGACAAGACAAACCCAUCAGAACUGUGCUGACAAAGGGAGUUGCUGGCAUUGGAAAAACAGUCUCUGUGCAGAAGUUCAUCCUGGACUGGGCUGAAGGGAAAGAGAAUCAGGACGUCCAGCUCAUAUUUCCACUUCCUUUCAGAGAGAUCAAUUUGAUGAAGGACAAAACCCUCAGCCUUUCUGAUCUUCUUCAUGUCUUUUUCCCUGAAACAAAAGAAAUGGAAAUAUCCAGUGACAAAUAUAAAGUGUUGUUCAUCUUUGAUGGUCUGGACGAGUGUCGUCUGUCUCUGGAUUUUCAGAGCGAUGUGAGGUUGUGUGAUGUAAGUGAAUCAGCCUCAGUGGACGUGCUGCUGAUGAACCUCAUUGCGGGGAAUCUGCUUCCCUCUGCUCUCAUCUGGAUCACCUCCAGACCAGCAGCAGCUGAUCUCGUCCCCUCUGAGUGUGUCCAUCGAGUGACAGAGGUACGAGGCUUCAAUGAGCCACAGAAGGAGGAAUACUUCAGGAAGAGAAUCAGUGAUCAGAGUCUGGCCAAUACAAUCAUCUCACACCUGAAGUCAUCAAGGAGCCUCUACAUCAUGUGCCACAUCCCAGUGUUCUGCUGGAUCUCAGCCGCUGUUCUAGAGAAGAUGUUGAGUGAAGCAGAGAGUGGAGAGAUUCCCAAGACUCUCACUCAAAUGUACACACACUUCCUGAUGGCACAGAUUAGCAUCAAAGAUACAAAGUAUACUGAGGAGGAGGACAAAGAUAAAGAGAUGAUUUUCAAACUAGGGAAACUGGCAUACGAGCAACUGGAAAGAGGCAAUGUGAUCUUCUAUGAGGAAGACCUGAGAGAGUGUGGCAUUGAUGUGACAGAAGCAUCAGUGUACUCAGGAUUGUGCACUCAGAUCUUCAGAGAGGAGUUUGGCUGGUAUCAGGGGAAAGUCUUCUGCUUUGUUCAUCUGAGCGUUCAGGAACAUCUAGCGGCUCUAUAUGUGCACCUCUCCUUCCACAACAGUGGCAAAAAUGUGCUUGAAGCAUGUGAAUCUGAAGCGCCUGUGACAAUGUUGAGUUUACACAAAUGUGCAGUUAAAAAAUCUUUAGAAAUUAUGAAUGGACAUCUCGACCUUUUCCUUCGCUUCCUCAUGGGACUUUCACUGGAGUCGAAUCACAACCUCCUAAAAAGGCUUUUGGUGAAAAAGACAGGAAGUUCCCUGGAAAGAAAGAAAACUAUUGAGCAUCUCAAGCAAACGAUAAAAACAAUCCCUUGCUCAGAAAUGACUAUUGUUUUGUUUCACUGUCUGAAUGAACUCAAUGAUCAUUCCCUCAUUACUGAAAUCCAAAGCUACCUGACCUCUGGAAAAAUAAACAGCGAUACUCUUUCCCCAGAUCUCUGGUCAGCUCUGGUGUACAUCUUAAUGACAUCAAAUGAGAAGUUCAAUGAGUUUGAACUUCGUAAAUACGGAAGAUCGGACACGGCUGUAUUCUGGUUGCUUCCUGUGAUCAAGUUGUCAAAAAAAAUCUGGAUGCAUGACUGUAAUAUCACAGAAAAAGGCUGUGCGGUGCUUUCUGCUGUUCUUCCAUCAAUAUCUAAUCUCAGAGAGCUGGACUUGAGCCACAACAACCUGCAGGACUCUGGAGUGGAAAUACUCUGCAUUGGAGUGAAAAGAUCACACUACGACUUAAAAAAAUUAAUGUAUGAGUUUUGAGUUAACCAAAACACAAAAACAAUAUAUCUAUACAAGCCAUCUUUACAUUUAAAGAUUUAUCAAACAUAUAAAUCCAUUGUCAGGAGGAGUCUGGGUUCUGAUGAGUGUGAUCCCAAUCUUAAUUUUGUCGUUCUUCCUACUGCUGGACUACAGGAUACAAAGUGUAGGAUGGAAUCACUCAAUCUGAAGAACUGUAAAGUAACAGAAGCAGGCUGUGUUUUCCUGAGCUCAGCUUUCAGUUUAAAUCCUUCUCAUCUGAAGGUGCUGGACCUGAGCUGGAACAACAUAGGAGACUCUGGAGUGAAACAUCUCUGUGCUGCUCUGGAGAAAGUUCAGUGCGCAUUGGAAACACUAAAACUUUCAACUUGCAAAAUCAACGCGGAAGGUUUUGAAUCUCUGUCCUCAGCUCUGAGGUCAAACACUCAUCUGAGAGAGCUGGACCUGGGCAACAACAGACCUGGAGAUCAGGGAGUGGAGCUGCUGUCUGCAGUUCUUCAUGAUCAAAACUGUAGACUAAAAACACUGAGGUUGGACAAAUGUGGAAUCACAGAGAAAAGCUGCACUGCUCUGGCUUCAGCUCUCAGCUCAAAGACCUCCAGUCUGACUGAUCUGGAUCUGAGUAUUAAUGAUCUACAAGACUCAGGUGUGAAGAAGCUCUGUGUCGGACUGCAGAAUCCUCACUGUAAACUAGAGAAGCUGAGGCUGUCCAACUGUAAUGUUACACAUGAAGGUGUGGCGGCACUGACCGAAGCUCUGAAAUCAAAGCCAUCCCACCUGAAAGAGCUUGAUCUGCUUGAGAAUGAUCUGGAAGAGACAGACUUGAAUGUGCUCUCCAUGAUAGUGGACAAGUCAUCAUAAAAACAGAAGAACACAACGUUUAAGAUAACCCUUUAAAAAAAGAGUGGGAUAACUCAUAAAAUGCAUUAAUACUAAUAUCAUUGCAAAAUGUACUUACAGUACGAAGAGUAACAACAUGAACUUAAUGGAAAGGGUUAUGUGGACAUAUGUGGAUGCUGGAUAAUGAAUAUGCAUUUUCAUUCUGGAUACAUAUAGAGUGCCAACUACAAACAAUUUCUUUGAAAUUUUAUUUUAUGAACUAGAUACAAAAAGGUAAUAAAUAAAGCUCAUAAGUUAGGUGCACCUAAAGGUGGAAAUACAGAAAAUGUGAAAUUAAGAUUCCUUAACCUGUUACCAAACCGUUCUUCAAUGUACUGCUGUUUUACAAUGUUAAAUUUACUGCAACAUGAAUAUUAUGCUCACUGUGAAAAUUAAAUACAGCCGUUAACAUAUUUUUGAAAAUGUCAUGGAAAAAAAAGGAAGAAAAUGUUGGAACUCAGAAUCUGUACAUGGAAACGACUGCUGGUAUUAUGUACAUAAUAAAGAAAAACAAUUAAAAACUA